AUGAGAGUUUUACCAAAUGAAGUAGAGUUUUCCAAAUUUUUAUUAGAUCUUGGUAAUGGUACAUUAAAUGAUGAAGAUUACAAAGUAAUUCUUCCUGAACAGUGUAUAUUAUCUCCAAAUGAUGACAUAAUAGACGUUAUAUUUGGAAAAUUAAUUAAAGAAAAGAAAUUCCAAGAAAUGAGUAAAUGUGCUAUAUUAUCAGCUAGAAAUAUUGACGUAGAUGAGAUUAAUAAACAAAUUACUAAUUUAUUGAAUAAUGACUGUGAACGUAUAUAUACUGCUGUUGAUUUCGUUGUUCAUAACAAUGGUGAAAUAGAUGUGAUAUUACCAGAACAUUUAAAUCAUUUAAAUCCACCAAGUUUACCUCCUCACGAAUUACGCUUGAGAAAAAAUUGUAUUAUAAUGUUAAUUAGAAAUAUAAGCAUAAAUGAAGGUUUAUGCAAUGGAACAAGAUUACAAAUAAUAGAUUUAUCAAACCAUUUAAUAAAAUGUACCAUUUUGACAGGCGACAGAGCAAACCAAAUUGUCUUUUUAAAUCGUAUAACUUUAUAUUCUGAAAACGAUUAUCCAUUUACAUUUAAAAGAAGACAAUUUCCCGUAAAACUAGCUUUUGCAAUGACCAUUAACAAAGCUCAAGGUCAAACUUUUAAAAAUACUGGUAUUGAUCUAAGAAGAGAUGUAUUUAAUCAUGGACAACUUUAUAUUGUAAUGUCCAGAGUUAGAUCUUGGAAUUCUGUCAAAGUAUAUCUGCGGAAUCAAAUACAAAGAAGAAAAGUUAAAAAUUGGGUUUACAAAGAAUUGUACACAGAAUUAUGA